GUCCGAUGUAAAUAUGAGUGUGCAGUGCAUUUUGUUUUCGUUUUCUUCUUCGCCCUUGAAGUUGUUGCAGACGAGUCGCACACAUGGAUGCCCAAUCCCAAUCUCAAUGGGAUUUUACCAGUGACUUGGAAGUGGAUUUUGGUUCUCAAGAGAAUGCUUCUAUUGUAUAUGCUGCCUUAGCUGUUGAUAAGGAGUUGCAACCUAACAAAGUAAAACGAAUCAUGGCAGUGUCUGAUGGAAAACUAUCUGUGCACUUCGAGGCAAUAGAAGCCAGAUUUCUUCGGGCAUCAUUCAGUGCUUUUGUAGAUGUCCUUACUCUUGCAACCAAAACAAUUGAAGAAUUUGGUCAAGGAAUGGAGUUGUGACUUCUUAAGGUCAACUUUCAAUGUUACAAUGACUUGUUGUGGCUCUGUUGCUUGAGUUUGGAGUAGUUGAUCUACCAGUCUUUGGUGUUGUUGAUCUACUUGACAUUGAUCCGGUACGCGAAAGUGGAAACCUGUGUGGCGAAACUGUCCGCUUCUCUAUUUCACAUACAUAUUAAGAUUGCAAUUCAGUUCAGAAUAAAAUAUUUACUCUUAAUGAACUAUAUAUCAUAUCAUAUUAUUAAAUAUGUAUAUAGUACCUAAAUCCUUUUUGGCCAUGUUGGGUGAAGUGAAUGAAAAAGCUCCAACUCUCUGAGGUUGUAAAGAAGGUGAUGGAGAAUUCCCUUUACUAUAACAACAUGAUUGAAAAGAAUUGUAUCAAAACAAUUGUGCAAUUUAAUUGAGAAUUGGCAUGCUUAACAGUAUACUGAUUUUGUUUGUA